AUGAAUCAACUGUUAGAAGAGGGUGGAGAAAUCACCAAAAAGACUAUCCUGCCCUCCACCACCACCACCAACACCAACAUUCUCCCUCCACUAACCACCACCAACCACCACACUUCUCUUUCCUCCACCAUCCUUCCUUCCACCACCACCACCACCACCACCACUUCUUCUUUCCUCCACCACUUCCCUCCACCACCACCACACCACCACCACUUCUUCCUCUACCAACACCACCAACACCAACAUUCUUCUCUUUUCCACAUCCUUCCCUCCACCACCACCACCACCAACACCAACAUUCUUCUCUCCUCCACCAUCCUUCCUCCCCACCACCAACAACCACCACCAACAUUCUUCUCUUUCCUCCACCAUCCUUCCCUCCACCACCCACCAACCACCACCACAUUCUUGCCCUCCACUAACCACCACCACCAACCAACAUUCUUCCUCCACUACCAACACCACCAACACCAAACUUCCCUCCACUACACCACCAACACAACAUUCUUCCCUCCACUACCAACACCACCAACACCAACAUUCUUCCCUCCACCAACAUCCCCCUCCUUCCCUCCACCACAUUCUCGAACAUUCUUCCCUCCACCAACACCACCUUUCCUACCACCACCAACACCAACAUUCUUCCCUUCCCCAACACCAGCCUUCUUCCCUCCAACACCAACCUUUACAUUCUUCCCUCCGCCACCAACACCAACAUUCUUCCCUCCACCAACACCACCAACAUUCUUCCCUCCACCACCACCACCACCUACACCAACAUUCUUCCCUCCACCACCACCACCACCACCAGCAUCACUCCAUCACCUUCAAAGUUAUAUCCGCGGUCGAGGGAGAGCGAGAGGGGAGGCGGGCACUGUGACCCAUGGAUAA